AUGCCUGCGGGUCGCCGCUCUGGCCGUGCCGCUGCGAAGCGGGCGGCAGCUGCUCUAGAUGUCGAAGACGAGCCCAUGCCCGACGCAGACAUUACAGAAAUGUCAGAGCUCGCCAACCAAGACGAUGAAAAGGACGAGGAUCAUGAAGAACCUCCGGAGGAGCCAGAAGACGACGAUAACGAAGAAGCGGCUGCUGAAGAAGAAACCAAGGAGGAGCCAUCAGACAAGGAGCCGACGCCGCCUCCUCCGCCCGUCUUUCGAAGAAAGCGUCUCGGACGGCCGCCGAAAAACAAACCCCCAGGUUGGGACAACAUGAUUACAAUCACGGAAGAGGAGGCCAACAUGCCGCGCCGACGUGGCCGCGGCGGCUGGAGGGGCCGUGGCGGUCGCAAGGGCGGCGCGCCACCCCCCAAGGCGGAGCAGGUCAUUGACGCCGAAGGCACCAUUGCCGAGAUCACCAACGACGAGUGCGUGCUCGCCGAGGACCCCGACGGCGAGACCAAGGUCGACAAGCUGGGCAACCUGCAGGGCGACCGCGACUACCGGUGCCGCACGUUCACGGUGCUGGGUCGCGGCAACCGACUGUACAUGCUGUCGACAGAGCCGGCGCGCUGCGUGGGCUUCCGCGACAGCUACCUCUUCUUCACUAAGCACCGCAAGCUCUACAAGAUCAUCGUCGACGACGACGAGAAGCGCGACAUGAUUGAGCGCGACAUCAUCCCUCACUCGUACAAGGGUCGCUCGAUAGGCAUCGUGACAGCGCGGUCCGUGUUUCGCGAGUUUGGCGCUCGCAUCGUCGUAGGCGGCAAGCGCAUCCUUGACGACUACGACGUAGCCGGCGCGCGGGCCGCGGGCGUCGUCGAGGGCGAGCUCGCGGACCCCAACGACCGCAUCAUCCCCGGCGAGCCGUACAACAAGAACCAGUACGUCGCGUGGCACGGUGCCAGCGCCGUCUACCACACCAACGUGCCGUCGGUGCCGGACCCCACGGGCAAGCCCGAGUACAGGAAGCGACGCGUGAACGUCAACGACACCAACUGGAUGCUAGAACACGCCCGAGAAGCUAGCACGUUCAACACCCGCCUCAACGCCUACAGAAAGCUCAACAACGCGGGCACAUACGAUAUCCACACCAACGUGAUACAGUACCCCGCGCACAUGCAACCCACGCUCGCCCGGUUCGAGCAAAUCUCCCCCGACGACGAGGAAGCCACCGCCGCGGCCGCCGGCCCGCGCUUCCCCGUCGUCCCGCGCAAGGUGGCGCGCAACUUCCUCGUCGCCGACACCUUCAUGGACAGCGCCGUGGGGCUGCAUCAGACGGCCGCGGCGCGCCACGGCCGCGGCGCGAGCAGCGACCCGGCCAGCUUCCUGGCCGCGUUCGACGGCCUCGGCGCCGUCCCGGACGAGGUGCGCGACCUGCUGCCGGCGGAGUGCCGCGCGGCGUUUGACGGCGCGCUCGAGCGGGAGGAGGCGUGGAGGGUGCAGUGGGGCACGGAGAGCGAGCGCGGCGCGCGGAGGCUGCCGAUCAUCGACAAGGCGAUCGUGCCGUACAGCAUGUCAUCCUGA